GUUGCAGAGGGAGGUGAGGGCCAGAUGUUACCUUGGCGAUUUCAACAAGCAACACGACAACAACAUGAGAAUGACAAUAGCUUUUUUAAUGUUUGCCCUGGCUGCUGCCUGUGCCCCUGCCCUAUGUGCCAAAGAAGAGAAUCCAGUCCAGCAGCCAGACGCACCGGUUGAAACCCGGUCCCGCUUUGCUGCUCUGGAUGACGUGCGCCUGCUGGCCAACGGCCUCCUCCAGUUGGGUCAGAGCCUGCGGGAUUUCGUGCAAAAAACUAAGGGACAAAUAAAUGACAUCCUCCAGAAGCUCAACAUCUUCGACCGCUCUUUCUACCAGCUGGCCGUGAUGGCCAGUGAGAUCAAGGAGGAGGAGGAGGAGCUGAAGAAGACCACCGUGGUACUGAAGGCCAACACUCAGGAGAUCAAGGGCCUGUCUGAGACGAUCAACUCCAAGAUGGACAACAUCCUGCAGGAGAGGAGUGAGCUCUACAGCAAGGUGGAGGGCCUGGAGGAGAAGCUGCGUACCCUGUCACAUGGCCUGGUGACGAGCGAGCAAGCAGCAGAGAUCAGUAGCCUGAGGGAGGUGAUCCGCAGCCAGGAGCAGAGCAUCACAGAGCUGCUGAAGUCUGUGACUGAACAAAGCGACCAGCUCAACUACCAAAGGACGAAGAUCAAGACUCUGGAGGAAAAGCUUAUAGCCAACAUGUUGGCCCAGGAGACCAUGGAGAAGAUCCCAGAAAGCUCCAACACAGAAGCACCAACACUCACUCCCUAUCUGACCUCUGGCUCCAACAGCGCCGCAACGACGAAUCUGCCAUCAGACUGCAGCCAGCUGUUCAACCGUGGGGAGAGAGUCAGCAGAGUCUAUGCUAUCAGACCUGAUGGAUCAGCUCCCUUCAUGGCUUUUUGUGAUAUGAGUUCAGACUUUGGAGAAACCGUUAUCCAGCGAAGGAGGGAGGGUUCAGUGAACUUUGAUCAAACCUGGGACAAGUAUGAAAAUGGUUUUGGAGAUUUUCAAGGAGAGUUUUGGCUGGGUCUCAGGAAGAUCCACUCUCUAUCCUCUCAGGGCAACUCUGUCCUUCACAUCCAGCUGGAAGAUUGGAAACAGGACCGUCACUCCAUUGAAUACAGAUUUCACCUUGGUGGUCCAGACAGCAACUACACCAUUCACCUCACGCAUCUGUCUGGGAAUCUGCCCGACCCUAUGAGCAACCACACUGACAUGAUGUUUUCCACCAAGGACAGAGACAACGACAAGAACCAGGACUCCAGCUGUGCCCAACAGCAAGCAGGUGGAUGGUGGUUCAACGCCUGUGGCGACACCAACCUGAACGGGAGGUACUUCCACGUGAGACCGAAGGGGCGCUCAGAGCGCAGAAGAGGGAUCCAGUUGAAGUCGGGCCGCAAGGCAGCUUACUCCCUCAAAUUCACCCAGAUCUCUGUCCGUACUGUAGCCUCCCCCACAACAGCUUCCUCUGAGUCAGGUGUCUUACUCUGAUCCAGCACCAGCUUUCCACAGUAAAUACUCUCAGUACAAACUAGCUUUAAACAAUGGCCUCUUCAGGAAAGCCUUGGAAGUGCUUCAUGUGGGCAGCUGUGGUUUCAGAAGACAUGGGCAGAGGGGAUGAUUUUCCCAGUAGACUAUUCCGCCACAUAGGACAUUAACAAGUGAAAGUCCUAAGAAUGAGUUACUCCUUGUGGUUUCUAAUAUAUUACUACAUACUGUAAAAUCAAUGCAAAUACAAUGAGCUCAUUGUGUGAUCCUCACAUCAUGGCAUAAAAUAUAUCACCAUCACUCACUGAAAGGUCAAAGGUUUUGGAGGAGAAAUUCAAACAGACAGCCAUAUGCACCAAUUUAACGUUGGGCCACUAUUUCCGAAAAACUAAGCUGAAACGGAGGCUACAUGGUCUGUUGCAGGGUCUGUACCAUCUAGCUAGGAAGGGGUAAGGUUGACACCACCCACACAUGAUCUUCUCCACAUGUCCAACAGCCCACCAGUCAGUCAGAAGUGAAAAAGCUACUUGGAUGAGUGGUGAAAUGUAUUCAAGAAAGCCAACAAGUCCAGCUGCCUUUGUUACAGCUUUGUUUUUUUGAAUAUACAGUGACCUGGAUGAUGUGGAACCCUCGUAGAUAUGUUGGGCCACUCAGCUUCUCAGUGUAAUGUUUCCCAACAUUUGGGCCUGGACUAUGAGAAGAGGUCAUGAGGUAUAGCUAGUGCUUCAGGAAGACAAUACCAAGAUAACAAUAAGUAGAUAACAUAUUCCUCUACUUUACAUAGCAUACAGACUUUUCUAUAAUUGGUUCUUUAUUUGUAAAAUGUAGUUUAGAUGAUUAAUGAUGAUGAUUAAUUUUCUGGUUAGUGCAUUUCACUUCACAAUCUGGAUUUGUGGGUAAAACAAUGGACAUCAGAGGCAAAAGGCAACUAACGCUGGGAACCGCUGGUAUCACUAACACUCUUGACUUUCUUUGUUCUCAGUUUGAAUAUAUUUUACAUAUUUUAUUUAAUAAAAGUAUGAUUACUGUUGG